UCAUUUGAUCGCUUCCAUUCUCUCCCGGUGACCGCUCGUCCUUUCUUUCCCGAGGUUCAAACCCCUUCCUCUCUCCUCUCUCUCGAUAUCUCCGUUCCUCUUUGCUAUCAUAGAGAGAGAGAGAGAGAGAGAGAGAGAGAGAGAGAGCGAAUUCGAGGUCAGUUCUGAAGGCAGCGGAGGAAGAGAGCGGAUGGCGCCUGGGAUCUCCGUUGCUGUUACUUGCGGCAUCUUCAGGAACCCCUUUCUCAGCUCGCCGCACCGCUGCGCCAUGGCCGACGACUGCGUGCUGCUCUUCGCGCCCCUCCGCACCAAUCGCUGCCUCCGCCCGUCUACCAUAGCCUGGGCGCUCCAGCCCUGGCAGCGGCGGAGGCGGUCCGCCGCAGUCUGCUUCGUCUUGGGGCAGAGCCGGGGUUCGGAGAUGGAGGAGGCAGAGGAGACAGCGAUCUCCGAUGCGGCGGUGGCGGAGGAAGAGGAGCGGCGGAUCUUGCUGGACCGGACGGCGGAGAAGAUCGCGAGGAAGCAGUCGGAGCGGCGGACGUACCUAGCGGCGGCGGUGAUGUCCAGCCUAGGCAUCACCUCCAUGGCCGUCGCCGCCGUCUAUUACCGAUUCUACUGGCAAAUGGAGGGAGGAGCGGUCCCGAUGACGGAAAUGUUCGGCACCUUUGCUCUCUCUGUGGGCGCAGCGGUGGGGAUGGAGUAUUGGGCGCGGUGGGCGCACCGGGCGCUGUGGCACGCCUCGCUGUGGCACAUGCACGAGUCCCACCACCGGCCGCGCGACGGCCCCUUCGAGCUUAACGACGUCUUCGCCAUCAUCAACGCCGUCCCGGCCAUUUCCCUCCUCUCCUUCGGCUUCUUCACCCGCGGCCUCGUCCCCGGCCUCUGCUUCGGCGCCGGCCUGGGGAUUACGCUGUUCGGAAUGGCCUACAUGUUCGUCCACGACGGGCUGGUCCAUCGGCGGUUCCCGGUGGGCCCCAUCGCCAACGUUCCCUACUUCCGUCGAGUCGCGGCCGCCCAUCAGAUACAUCAUAUGGACAAGUUCGAUGGGGUGCCAUACGGGCUGUUCUUGGGACCGAAGGAACUGGAGGAGGUGGGGGGAGCGCAGGAGUUGGAGAAGGAGAUUAAUAAGAGGACUAAGCUCUAUAAUAGCAACACGGAUACCAGUUGAGGAUUUUUUUUUGGAUGUAAUAACAUUUCUUGCAUUUAGAUUGGAAUGUGAAAUGAUGAAAACAUUAUGUGAAAAGGUUUCCACUGCAGCGUAUUUACCAUGUUUCUGCUAGCUGCAGUGCUGUCGUCAGGGCAAAAUUUUGUAAGAAUUUUAAUGAAAUUAAAAUAAUACUAUGGAAAAAGCUAGGCUAUUAUAUGAAGGAAAAUGUUUCAUCGCC